AUGGCCCAGGCAGGCGAGCAACCCUUCCAGAUCAACGUCUCAGAUGAAGACAUCCAGCUUCUCCAUAGCAAGCUGGAACUUCAUAGGUUUCCAGACGAGCUCGAGGACGCGAAAUGGGACUAUGGGGCACCGCUCUCGGAUAUCAAACGCCUUGUCGCUCGGUGGAAAGACGCGUAUGACUGGAGGAAAUUCGAGAACAGGCUCAAUCAAUUGCCCAUGUUCACCCGCGACAUCUCUGUCGACGGACACGGGACGUUGAACAUUCACUACAUUCAUCAAAGGUCCUCCGUUGACGAAGCUAUACCUCUUCUAUUUGUCCAUGGAUGGCCUGGCAGCUUCAUCGAAUCUCUCAAAUUAAUACCGCUUUUGACCGCGUCGCACCCCGACCAUCCUAGUUUCCAUCUGGUUGCCAUUAGUCUCCCAGGCUAUGGCUUUUCAGAAGCGCCACAUAGGAAAGGUUUUACUGGUGAAUGCUAUGCUGAGAUCGGUAACAAGUUAAUGCUUUCUCUUGGGUAUGAAGAGUAUGUUACACAAGGCGGGGACUGGGGCCACCUGAUCACUCGCGUCAUGGCCAGUAAAUAUGGACAUAAGCACGUCAAAGCGUGGCACACAAAUAUGCCGGUAGCAUCACCUCCGAAACUUCUACUGAACCCAUACCAGUUCAUUGUCCACGCCCUCACACCCUACACCGCGGGGGAACGUACAGGCCUGCAGCGUGGCGUGCACUUCCGUGCUACAGGGCAAGGGUAUUUCCACGAGCAGUCAACUCAACCACAAACACUGGGUUACUCUCUUGCUGACUCUCCGGUCGGUCUGCUCGCGUGGAUCUACGAGAAGCUGAUCAACUGGACGGAUGCAUACAAAUGGGAGGACGACGAAGUCCUAGACUGGAUUUCAAUCUACUGGUUCUCCCGCGCCGGGCCUGCUGCGUCUCUUCGCAUCUAUUAUGAGAUGGUCAAGACUGGAUUUCUGGAAGGGCUUCCUCCAUGGGUAUCCGUCCCUACCGGAGUUGCCUACUUCCCGAAAGAGAUAGCGUCGGCACCAAAGACUUGGGUGAGGUCUCAGAGCAAGGUCGUCUUCGAGUCUGCUCAUAAGAGUGGUGGUCACUUUGCUGCAUACGAACAACCAGAUGCGCUGGCGGGAGACCUCUGGAAGAUGUACGGGAAGGGUGGGCCUGCAUAUAAGGUUGUACCCGCGAAAAGUGGCUAUGAGAGUCCGAAUGCGCGAGCGCAUCUGUGA